GCGCUCUGUCUGUGUUCAGUGUGAUGGCAGUAGAACACUGUCACCUUCCGUGUGUGUGAGAGUGUGUGUGUGUGUGAGUGUGUGUGAGAGUGUGUGUGUGUGUGAGAGAGAGAGAGAGAGAGACACGAGUGGCAUUAAAAGUUACAUGGACAAAUCAUCACUGCUGCUGUUCACCUAGUAAAUAAGACUUGUGUUUGUCACACAAACUCCACCAUGAAUCGGAAUAGAGACUCUGACUCUGUGGAAGAGUUAUCUCCUGAUCAAAACGGUGGGAUUCAGACCAUCUACAGCUCCAUCAGUCCAUCUGAGGACCAACCCAACACCUCCACCUACUUUGACCAGAGAGUUCCUGUACCUGAUGAUGUCACACAGGUUUUUAGUUUGCGGAAGCUUUGGGCCUUCACAGGACCAGGUUUCCUGAUGAGCAUCGCUUAUUUAGACCCUGGGAACAUUGAGUCAGACCUUCAGUCAGGAGCUGUAGCAGGGUUUAAGCUCCUGUGGAUUCUCCUCGGUGCCACUAUCAUUGGUCUUCUACUGCAGCGUCUGGCUGCUCGACUCGGCGUCGUUACAGGGAUGCAUUUAGCUGAAGUCUGUCAUCGCCAAUAUCCUACUAUUCCUCGGAUCAUUCUGUGGUUGAUGGUUGAGCUGGCCAUCAUUGGCUCUGACAUGCAGGAGGUGAUUGGCUGUGCCAUCGCAUUCAACCUGCUGUCUAUGGGCCGGAUCCCUCUGUGGGCCGGAGUGCUCAUCACCAUCAUCGAUACAUUCGUUUUCCUGUUUCUGGAUAAAUACGGUUUGCGUAAACUAGAAGCUUUUUUUGGUUUCCUCAUCACCAUCAUGGCAGUGACCUUCGGCUAUGAGUAUGUGCGAGUGGCCCCGGAUCAGGGUGAGCUGUUAAAGGGGAUGUUUGUUCCGUACUGUCAGGGCUGCGGUGCUGCACAGUUAGAGCAGGCAGUUGGGAUCGUUGGAGCUGUUAUAAUGCCUCAUAACAUCUACCUGCACUCUGCCCUUGUUAAGUCACGAGAUGUGAAUAGAGCAAACAAGAGGGAGGUGAAAGAGGCAAAUAAAUAUUUCUUUAUCGAGUCCUGCAUCGCACUCUUCGUCUCCUUCCUCAUCAAUGUGUUUGUGGUGGCUGUAUUCGCUGAGUCCUUCUACAAUAAAACCAACAUGGAAGUGAAUGAGCAGUGUAAUCAGACUGGAAGUGUACACACUGACCUGUUCCCGCUCAACAAUAACACGCUGCAAGUCGACAUCUACAAAGGGGGUGUGGUUCUGGGCUGUUUCUUUGGGCCUGCAGCUUUGUAUAUCUGGGCGGUGGGGAUUCUGGCAGCAGGUCAGAGCUCCACCAUGACAGGGACUUACUCUGGUCAGUUUGUCAUGGAGGGUUUCCUGAACCUGCGCUGGUCUCGGUUUGCACGUGUGUUGUUAACACGCUCCAUUGCAAUCUUCCCCACGCUGCUUGUGGCCAUUUUCCAGGAUGUUACACAUUUAACUGGCAUGAAUGAUUUCCUCAACGUACUGCAGAGCAUGCAGCUCCCGUUUGCGCUGAUCCCAAUACUGACCUUCACCAGCCUCACAUCCAUCAUGAACGACUUUGCUAAUGGCCUGUUCUGGAAGAUCACAGGUGGUCUCACCAUCCUGAUGGUGUGUGCAAUUAAUCUGUACUUUGUGGUCGUGUAUGUGACUGCUCUUCACAGUGUGCUGCUCUACGUCCUCGCUGCUCUGGUGUCCAUCGCUUACCUCUGCUUUAUUGCUUAUCUAGCCUGGCACUGUCUGAUCGCUCUGGGCGUGUCCUGUCUGGACGUUUGUGGCAGGGUUGUGCAGAGCCACAUGGACUUAAACCUGAUGAACAACCUUGAAACAGACCUGGAGCGAUAACACACACACACACACACACACCUGGGUUAUUCUGUUAUUAUUAUUGUUAUUAAUAUUAUUUUAUUAUAAUUUUUUAAUUAUAGUUUUAAUUAAAGUAGACAAUGAGCCAAACACUGGACUGUCACAGUGUGCACUACUUAGUGAUGUUUUGUACUCUACACCAAGCCGUUUAUUUUAAAUGCUUCUUAAUUUCUCAUGUUUCUGAAUAUUGUGUUACUGUCUAUUAGACAAUUUGCAUACAGCCAAUAGGAGAGUAGGGGCGUGUCUGUGUGUGCAAAACCAGAAACAUUUUAUUCUAAUAAGCGACUGAAGCACCUCCCACUGCUGUACACUGAGCCACGCCCCCAGUCCUGAGCUGAACACUGACAGAUUAACUCUAAAUUUAGACAUUUUAUUUACCAGCUUACAGAAAUGUAUUAAAGAAACAGUUUUAAACUUUAGUGCGUAAAGGACCAAAAUAGUAGAGUUAAAAUUACAAACUUAUAAAUAUAACUAACUAAAACUAGCACUUCUGACUGAGCUGUUAGAGAGUCCACACUCUAAUAUUUAACUCCUGAUUGUUUCCAUCUAAAAGUCCAGUGUUUCAUCUCACACCACAGAAAAGGUUACAAAUGAUGAUGAUGUAAUGAUGUGUUUUAUCCACUUACAUUUAAUAUUGAGUAAUGAUGAUGAAAUAAGUUGGCUUGUGUUCUCUAAACACUCGUCCCCUCAGCGGUCUCUCUUUAUUCUCUCAGCUCUAAACACUCGUCCCCUCAGCGGUCUCUCUUUAUUCUCUCAGCUCUAAACACUCGUCCCCUCAGCGGUCUCUCUCUACUCUCUCAGCUCUAAACACUCGUCCCCUCAGCGGUCUCUCUUUAUUCUCUCAGCUCUAAACACUCGUCCCCUCAGCGGUCUCUCUUUAUUCUCUCAGCUCUAAACACUCGUCCCCUCAGCGGUCUCUCUUUAUUCUCUCAGCUCUAAACACUCGUCCCCUCAGCGGUCUCUCUUUAUUCUCUCAGCUCUAAACACUCGUCCCCUCAGCGGUCUCUCUUUAUUCUCUCAGCUCUAAACACUCGUCCCCUCAGCGGUCUCUCUUUAUUCUCUCAGCUCUAAACACUCGUCCCCUCAGCGGUCUCUCUUUAUUCUCUCAGCUCUAAACACUCGUCCCCUCAGCGGUCUCUCUUUAUUCUCUCAGCUCUAAACACUCGUCCCCUCAGCGGUCUCUCUUUAUUCUCUCAGCUCUAAACACUCGUCCCCUCAGCGGUCUCUCUUUAUUCUCUCAGCUCUAAACACUCGUCCCCUCAGCGGUCUCUCUUUAUUCUCUCAGCUCUAAACACUCGUCCCCUCAGCGGUCUCUCUUUAUUCUCUCAGCUCUAAACACUCGUCCCCUCAGCGGUCUCUCUUUAUUCUCUCAGCUCUAAACACUCGUCCCCUCAGCGGUCUCUCUUUAUUCUCUCAGCUCUAAACACUCGUCCCCUCAGCGGUCUCUCUUUAUUCUCUCAGCUCUAAACACUCGUCCCCUCAGCGGUCUCUCUUUAUUCUCUCAGCUCUAAACACUCGUCCCCUCAGCGGUCUCUCUUUAUUCUCUCAGCUCUAAACACUCGUCCCCUCAGCGGUCUCUCUUUAUUCUCUCAGCUCUAAACACUCGUCCCCUCAGCGGUCUCUCUUUAUUCUCUCAGCUCUAAACACUCGUCCCCUCAGCGGUCUCUCUUUAUUCUCUCAGCUCUAAACACUCGUCCCCUCAGCGGUCUCUCUUUAUUCUCUCAGCUCUAAACACUCGUCCCCUCAGCGGUCUCUCUUUAUUCUCUCAGCUCUAAACACUCGUCCCCUCAGCGGUCUCUCUUUAUUCUCUCAGCUCUAAACACUCGUCCCCUCAGCGGUCUCUCUUUAUUCUCUCAGCUCUAAACACUCGUCCCCUCAGCGGUCUCUCUUUAUUCUCUCAGCUCUAAACACUCGUCCCCUCAGCGGUCUCUCUUUAUUCUCUCAGCUCUAAACACUCGUCCCCUCAGCGGUCUCUCUUUAUUCUCUCAGCUCUAAACACUCGUCCCCUCAGCGGUCUCUCUUUAUUCUCUCAGCUCUAAACACUCGUCCCCUCAGCAGUCUCUCUUUAUUCUCUCAGCUCUAAACACUCGUCCCCUCAGCGGUCUCUCUUUAUUCUCUCAGCUUUAAACUCUCACCCCCUUUUUGGACAAACGGACAGUUGGUUAAAGUAACAGUAAAUACCUCACAUUGCAGGUGUGUCUGCUGUAAUCACUGCCAUCAGCACAGUUAUUAGUUCAUUAUAAUAAUAAUUAUACAGAUGAUUCACUAUAAUCUGAUUUAUUAUCAUUUUUUUGUAUUACAUCUUACAUUCCGAGCCUGUGAGAGUCUGAUGUUUGAAUGUUCAGAGGAUUUCUGUCAUAAAUUAUAUUUAAUAUUUAUCUUUAUAUGUAAUAAGUAAUAUUUAAAUAGAUUUAUAUAUGUAUUUAUGUAUAGAUUUAUAUAAAUUAUUUGCUGGAUGGGAAACUGUUCCCUGGGCUUCGCCCCUGAUGAUGUUUACCACCUGACAGUGUGAUUAACCUUUCUGUGUCUCGUUAGUGUUUAUGCUGUAAGACACGAGAAAGCUCUUAAUGAGUCUCUGUCAAUUAGUACCACAUUAAUAAGCAAAUCCUGUGAGGGUGGGAACUGUUGUUAUGGGCGUGGCUUCGUCAGAUCAAAGCAGGGGGAACAACAACAAAGUUUGUAACUAAAGCUGUGUGUGUUGGUCGUCAUGGUGAUGAGAUGUUCAGUCUGGUGACUGUGUUAAUAAUAUUUAGUGUUUAUACUUCUCUUAGUUUUUAGGACAUUUUUAUGACACAAUAUUCAAAUGAGCUGCUCAGAUACUAUGAGAGCAAUUUAUAGUUAAACAGAUUAUUUAUCUUUGAUGUUUAAUUUGUUUAAAUUUCUCCAGCAGAAAAGAAUCGUUCUUAAUGUGUGUGAAUUUAUACACAGUAAAAAUAAACUCCUUUGAUUUUA